AUGUCCUACAGGUCCAGGUACGCGGACAGACGGAAUGAGAAAACGGAGAUCGACUUCAGCUCUCCUGGUUUGGCGGUGAUAGAAGUUGAGCAGCUGCUGUUUGCCGGGAGAGCCAUCAGCGGUCCGGCCAACGAGGUCUGGCCCAGACUUUACAUAGGAGACAUGGACUUUGCCGAGAAUCGGGCCGCAUUGGGUAGGCAGAACUUCACCCAUGUGCUGAACUGCGCCCACAGCUCCAGACGUGGUAAUGACUUCUACUCUGGCAUGGGCAUCACCUACAUGGGCAUCGAGGGCCAUGACUCACCUGCCUAUGACAUGAGCGUCAACUUCAAUACAGGAGCGGAAUUCAUCCAUCACGCUCUCAAUACAGGAGGUAAAAUUCUGGUCCACUGCCAUGUUGGUGUAAGUCGUUCUGCCACCAUAGUGCUGGCCUAUCUAAUGCUGAAGCACAACAUGACCCUGGUGGAGGCCAUCAACAAGGUGAAAGAGGGAAGAGGGAUUAUACCCAACCGAGGCUUCCUCAGACAGCUCAUCGACCUGCACAUCAAACUGUACGGCUACAGAUCCUGA